CAUCAACUUCAACGUAAACGUUAGCGAUCAUCUGCUCAUAGAACUCAUUAAAAUGGUGAUAGUCCACGUAAAACACAAAGACACCAGCCAGUUCCUGUACGAAACGACCCUAAAAACCCCCGUGGAGACGUUAAUCACCUCCCUGGUGGCGAUCUACAACGGCCGGCUAAAAAUCGAUCGGAUAUGCUCCGAAAUGGAGGAGCUCUCCAAGUACGGCACGCUCUAUCCCCCGGAGAUUCUCGGCCUGACCGAGGAGCAGGUGGAGGAGAUGAAGCUGGAGGACACCUACGGCGAGAAGUGCCUGCCCAUGGGCGGCCACGCCUUCAACAAGGACCCCAUCGGCCGCAGGAACGGCAAGCAGCCCAAUAAAAACAUGCAGGAGGUGCUCAAGAAGGCCAUAGCCGACGCCAAGGAGAUGAUUUCCAAGAAACUCGUGCUCCAAGAGAAAUGUCUAACGAUGAAAGUGGUCCAAGAGGCCAUAAAUCUGCUGAAGGGAGCCGUCACCAUAGUGUACCCCAUGAAAUUGCCGCCCCACGACGUCAUUCGCAUGGAAUUCGAAAACAUCGAAGAUCUCGCCGGCACCCAAGCCUCCCUCGAAGUCAUCGACCCCACCACCGCCCAAAUUUGGUUCUGCGGAAAGGAAAUGUACAGAGACAAGCUGGUGGGCGAGUACGUGGGGAGAAUCGAAAACUGCAAGGUGGUGAUGAAGAUAACGAAGAGAGGAUCGGGGCCCCCUUGCAGGGAGCCCAUCAUGUCAGAGGAGGACAGGAAGCAAAUGAUGCUGCACGCCUACAGGAAGCAGGAGGAGCUGAAGAAACUGGCCCAGGACGAUGACGAUAAUUAUUUGAAUUCCGAUUGGGCGGACGGGCAAAAUUUGAAGAGGACUUUCCACGGUUUGCGCAACAUCUCCUGGAGACCCUAA